UACUGGAGGGAAACACAAAGGGACUAUUAGAACCUCCUCAAAAGUUAUAACUGUUGCACUUUUGCCCUAGUUUGCUGCUAUUCACAGGGUUGCCUUUUUGAACUUCUGGGAAACAAUUGAGCUUGAGUUGGAUGAGUGGAUAGUUUUUACUAUUUUCCCUCUGGGUUUAGGGAGAGAGAUGGGCUGAGGUCAUUCGCGAUCGGACUGUCAUAUUCACCGGUAGCUUGGAUGCCUUUCUGCGCGCCGAAAACUAGAACAUGCGAGACACUAUGGCUUAUGAAUGUUCUCGUUUUAUCCUCACUUUUCUUUUAUAUUGCAUUAUGAUCUUGGAUAUUUUCUUGACUAGUUUUCUCCCCGUGUUGGGAACUGAUGUUUUCCUCGCCGACGGUCCAGCCCCUCACGAAGGACGGGUCGAGAUCGUCUACGACGGCUACCGAGGUUGCGUGUGUGACACCGAGUGGGACGUCCAAGCUGCCGAAGUGGUCUGUCGGCAGCUCGGCUUUACUUCGGCUAUUCGGGUAGGCGUAGGGGAAUACCCUCCUUCUUCUUGUAAGAAAUGUAUGCUGACAAACGUGAAGUGCCGUGGGGACGAAGAGACGUUAUCAAUGUGUUCGCAUCAGAAGGCAUCGGGAGUGACUUGCGAUGACGAUGGGCUCUCUAUCGCUCACGUGACCUGUUCAACAGAAGGGGUUCGUUUAGUUGGUGGAUCCAGUCCGAACGAAGGUACGGUCCUCGUGUACUACCUCAACGUCUGGGGGUCGGUAUGUGACUCCGGCUGGUCUCUCGCCGAUGCUCAUGUGGUAUGCAAACAACUUGGGUAUCCUCGAGCGAUGUCGUCGAGGUACGACGUUGAUUUUGGUCGUGUCCUUGGCUUGGACAUCGUACUUGACGUCGUGGUGUGUCGUGGUGACGAGAACUGCUUGCACGAAUGCGAGCACACGGCAUGGGGUGUUCAUGAUAGUGAUCACGUUGAAGAGGCAGGUGUUGUGUGCGCUACGGAUCACACAACUGCAGUUGGAUCUAUUCGGCUAUCUGGAGGGCUUUACCCAUACACGGGCCGUCUUGAGAUAUACUUCAACAAUGAAUGGGGAACUAUUUGCAAUGAAGGCUGGAAUAACAUGGAUUCAGAACAGGUUUGUAACCAGCUCGGUUACCACUACUCGGGUAAAACCGAACCCGACCAAUCUUCGCACGCAGUCAUAUACGAUGACGCACCUAUACAUCUGUCUCACGUAACUUGUAAUCAAGGCAUCCCAUUGGCUGACUGCCACCACAGUGUCUGGCAGGAAACAGACUGCACGCAUGAGCAAGACGUUUUCCUCAUAUGCGAUUAUGAUGGCGGCAACGAAGGAGAAGUUCGUCUUCUCGAUGGUUCAAGGCCUAGCGAAGGCCGAGUCGAAGUCUACCAAGCCGGUCUAUGGGGCACGGUUCUCGCCGAUCAGUGGGACCUCGUCGAUGCUGACGUCGUGUGUAGACAGCUGGGUUAUGAAAGGGCUCUCGAAGCGGUGGUCGACAACCGGUUCGGUCCGGGAACCGGUGUAAUCCAAAUGAGGUCUGUUGACUGUGACGGGUCAGAAGGCCACCUGUUACGCUGCGGAUUUAAAUCGUCACCGCAUGGUGUAUCGGAUAACCGACAUAGGAUUGAUGCUGGUGUGGUCUGCGAUGAUGAUGGCGUGGAUGGAAGUGAGGGCAUGGUUCGUUUAGUCGGUGGUCGUCGACCAGGAGAAGGGAGAGUCGAAAUCUACCAUCGCGGCAUCUGGGGGACAGUCUGUGACGAUUUCUGGGACAUGAAGGAGGCCGACGUCGUCUGCCGUCAACUUGGAUUCAGCGGGUCCUCCGAACCCAUGAGAGGGGGUGUGUUUGGCAUGGGGAACAGCAGAAUACAUCUGGAUGACGUCACGUGUGAGGGAACGGAAAAGGAAUUGUUGAAUUGCUCGCACGCGCCGUGGAAUGAGCAUAACUGUUUGCACGGAGAGGACGCAGGCGUCAUUUGCCACUCUUUGGAAGGGGCCAUCCGACUCGUCGACGGGGUCUACCCAAACGAAGGACGAGUUGAAGUCUACUUGGAAGCUUCUUGGGGCACCGUCUGCGAUCACCACUGGGAUAUCAGUGAUGCCAAUGUGGUCUGCAAGUUUCUUGGCUACCCUGGUGCCGACCGAGCGCCUGGGGGUGCCGUUUACGGUAGAGGAUCUGGACCUAUCAACCUGAAUCGGAUGUUCUGCAACGGGAGGGAAGGGUCGUUGCUCCAGUGCACCCACUGGCCUGUUGACGAUGACUGUACUCACGAUAAUGACGCUGGCGUAGUUUGUCUCAGUAACGACGGCUUCCAUCCAUCGGUCAUCGACAUUUGUGGAAUCACGAUCGGAUGUGUUUGUCUUAUCGGUAUCGUCGUCCGAAUCUUCAUUGUCUGCUGGCGGCGCCGACAUCCUACCAACAGUAAUGUCCGUUCAUCGUUCAGUACCUUACAAUUCCUACGAUCCUUGCGGACUCCCACAAGACGUCAGGACGGAACCCGACGGGGUAGCGACGGAGACGACAAAUACGUUGCAUUUUAUCCCUUUAUGCCACCACCGUACUCGUCCGUGGAUGACAAUUCACAUUCGGAAGUAAGAAACGGAAGCAGGCGACAGGAAACAUCGUUGAGUGGUCCUCAAAGCCAAAGUGAAUGUCAGGGUCAUCAGGGUCACCCAGACGAGCAUGGAAUGCCCGAGGUAGAAAGAAGUUUGGAAAGUCGAUGUGGUUUUCAAAGACUGAGAGACAGGUGUAUUCAGGAUUCUGCCUCGGAAGAGCAAAGCGUUGUCGAUAUCAUGGAUAUAGAGGGACGAACUAUUCACUGCGGCGAAGAACAAACUUCUUCGACGCGUCCUUCAAGGUCAUCAUCUUCCUCGCCGCAUCGAUCAUCAUCUCCAUCGACAUCAUCGUCGAGGUCAUCUGACGCGGCUCCACCACCGUAUAAUGAUGCACUUUACCACCAGAUCAUCGGUCCGACCCGUUAUGGCGGUGUGCCCAUGGUAGUCUAUGCUUCCAUCGAUGAUUGCGAUGGCCUACGUGAUGGAGCACAAUCUGACAAUACUUUAUUUCUUGAUCAUCAAGGAUCAUAAUGAAAUACCACGGUCGCGUUGCAUGAAACUAGUUGAUGAAAUAAAUUUGCAAUAACUGUUGAAAACUACUGAAAUCCUUUAAGCAUGUUAAGUUAAUUGGCUAAUAAUGGCAAACUUGUCUUGGAAAAUAUAUUAUGCAGUGGAAUAGAGGAAUAGUAUAUGUCACAAUAACGUCACAAUCAAUGAAUAUAUAUGAUUGAGAAUGAAGAUACAUUAAUUUAUAUUACCUAUGCUUUGUAU